AUGGAUCGAUGGUCGGGACCAAUGCUUCAAUUCGUUCGAGAGCUCCGAAAUAGAAUUCCACCGUUGACAGGUACUAAACACAAGGGAGAAAUGGGCCGGAUUGCGGUUAUUGGUGGUUCGAAAGAGUACACUGGAGCCCCUUAUUUCGCCGGAAUUAGUGCAUUACACUGUGGUGCUGACCUAGUUCAUGUGAUUUGUGCAGAAGCAGCGGCACCUGUAAUCAAAUCCUACAGUCCGGAUUUAAUAGUACACCCUGACUUAGAUACCAAUUUUUCCGAAAGUCGCAAAUGGAUUGAGAAGUCACAUUCAGCAGUAUUUGGCCCGGGACUAGGUCGCGGGGAGAACUGGGAAAAUACCGCGAAGUUGAUCAAGCAUUGUUGCUCAACCAACAAACCUGUAGUGAUCGAUGCAGAUGGAUUGGCUGUGGUUACAGAGAGACCGGAUUUAGUGAAAGACAAGAAAAUGGUGAUUCUUACCCCGAAUGUGGUCGAAUUUGGACGUUUAUAUUCUGUGAUGUUUGGAUCUAAUCCCCCGGAGCGGGAAACAGACACACAAGAUCUAGCCGAGAGGCUUGGGGGUGUAACAGUUGUGCUGAAGGGUGAGCGCGAUACUAUCUCAGAUGGUUCAACAACCGUAGUCUGUGACGUUGAGGGUUCACCUCGACGGUGUGGUGGACAGGGCGAUAUGUUGUCCGGUACUGCAGCCACAUUCUUCCAUUGGUUUCAUCAGUUCCCUUCGUCAACCACUAGCUCUUUGCCAACUCCAAUCGCUGCUAGCCUGGCUGCUUGUAUGCUGACUCGGCAAUGCUCAAGACAGGCAUUCGUCAAACACGGACGAUCUAUGGUGACCGCCCAAAUGAUUGCAGAGUUGCAUCCAGCAUUCGAACAGCUAUUUGUACUACCACUCCCAAGUGACUGA